GUUUAGAGCUGAGGUAUAAAUGAGGCUGCUGAGAUUAACAGUUUUACCAGCACAACCUCUCUGACUCCAUCUGAAAAGGCGAGACAGUUUCAUCAUCAGAGUCACUGCUGCCAACACAAACGAAGAAGACAUGCUGCCAAUCCGAGCUGUGGUGGUGAUCGCACUUACUGUUUGUCUGACUGCAAACACAUCAGCAGCUUAUCCUGACUGCUGUCGAAGGUACAUGAGAGGCAGAUUACCAUGUUCAGCCAUCAAGGGGUACUCAGUCCAGACUGACACAGAGAUGUGUCCCAUCAAUGCCAUCAUUUUCCACACAAAGAAGGGGAAAGCAUGCGCCAAUCCAGCUCUGAAGUGGGUGAUUGACGCUAUCGAUCGUAUAAGGAAAAAAGCGCAGAAGAUCCACCAGCGCAGCUCACAGCUGCAGAAAUAGAAGAUCAUUGGAGCUUUUUAAAGAGACCACUGAUGCCAGCUACAGAAAACCAAGUUUUUUAUGUGAUCUUUGCAUCCAGCAACUGUUUUAUAGUCCAGUGAACUCCAUCAUGUGGAGCCUGCUGUAAAUAAGAAAGAUGUUGUCAAACAAUGGACAUAUUAGCUCAGUUUUAAGAGGUCUAUAAUAUUAAUUUAUACUUUGUAAUUGUAACAUUUUGGUUUUGUGCAUGUACUGUUGUGUUAAAAAAGAGUAAUUUAUGCAAUUGUUUUUGUGGUUUUAUACAUACAUUGAAAUAAAAUGAGUACCUCUUGUGGGUCUAAAACUAUUAGCACGUAGCGCUGUUGAAUUUUUUCACACUAAACACGUGACACUGCAUUCCUCCUUUAAUCUUUCCAGAGUUCCAGCUCUAGACAUUUGUGUCAUAACAUGAAACCUAGAAAACAGCUAAACAAUAACUGACAAAACUUCUCAAAGGAGGAAGUUGUGGGAGC